UUUUAGGUAGGAGGAGGCGCAUCUGAGGGCUAGUUUUGGUAUUUCCUUUUUCUUUAAUAAAGCUUAUUUACUAAAUUGAUUUUGAGGACUACUAGUCUCACUAGUCGUCGAGGGUUUUAGAAGCCAAAUCAAAGCAAAACCUCAGCUCAGACGAAGAAUUAAGGAUGAUGGCUAUGUUGGUGAGACGAGCUCUGUCUUCGAGUCGAAGUACGAUUGGGUUUCUCAGAAGAAGCUCCUCCGUUGUUGCUCUUCAGUCUCGCGAUUUCUCCAUGAUGAUUGGCCGCCCUGAUUCCCAACUCGAUUUGGCCAUGCCCGAUUUCCUCAGAGAUGCUCGUCGAGGCUUCGCAAAAGGCAAAAAAUCAAGGGACGAUUCAUCAGCAGCAACGGGGAUGGUCGACGCUUCUCCAGAUAUCGGGCCUACCGUGAAAGCAGCAGCCUCUUCUCAAAUGGAGGCAGCCAUUGAUGCAUUGUCUCGUGAUUUAACUAAACUUCGAACCGGAAGAGCAGCUCCUGGAAUGCUUGAUCAUAUUGUCGUUGAAACGGGAGGUGUCAAGAUGCCUCUCAAUCACUUAGCUUUGGUCUCUGUGCUCGAUCCUAAGACUUUGUCUGUCAAUCCAUAUGAUCCCGAUACUGUGAAAGAACUUGAGAAAGCAAUUGUCUCAUCUCCAUUAGGAUUAAACCCGAAACUUGAUGGGCAACGACUCAUCGCAUCUAUCCCUGCAUUGACCAAGGAGCAUAUUCAGGCAAUGUGCAAAAUUGUAACCAAGUCUAGUGAAGUUGUCAAACAAAGCAUAAGAAGAGCGAGGCAAAAGGCACUAGACACGAUAAAGAAAGCAGGGCCGAGUCUACCAAAGGAUGAAGUGAAAAGACUGGAGAAAGAAGUGGAGGAGCUGACGAAGAAGUAUGUAAAGUCAGCAGAGGAGAUGUGCAAGUCCAAAGAGAAAGAGAUCACCCAAGCGUGAGCCAUCUCAUUUCUAUCCAUCAUAAGCCUUGAAGAGUGUUCUGUUUACUCAUUUAGUCAGAGUCAUUACGAUGAUUUGCUUAAAUGUUGUUGUUAUUCAUUUUUAAAUUGCAAAUUGAUUGUGCGGGAAGGCCCUUCAAAGGCCCCAGGAAAGGCGUUAAAAAAGAGUCCAACAUUGAUGUUAUAUCAGAGUGAAAAAUAGGGAAUUAACACUUCAUUCA